AUCCAGUACCAGUGACUGUACUAAGCCAGUGCCGUUAAGAGGCGGGCUACGCGACCGACUACUUUUUUCCUCCAUUAACUUGGCUGUCGUGACGGACUUUGAAGGGCAAAGUAUCGGUGACUGUACCAAAAUUACUAGACUCAGUGUUGUUCUGUUAAUGAAGUGACUGUACUCACAUAUACAGUGCCAGUCAUAAUAACAAAUUCCCCAACAGCGUCAUUCAGUCAACAACGUGAUUACACCGCCAUGUUUUGUAGGAAUAAAUGUUGCUUGGUAUAAAAUAAUUCUCAGUGUAAUUCUGUCGAGAUAGGUAUAUAUUAAAGGGGGCAAAACUGUAGCGAAAUUUGGGCCCCCUGUCAAAGUGUCAUUCGUUUAAGGAAGUGACUGAACCGACUCAUUUUAAAAAUAAGUGUCUCUAAGUGUAACAGAAGUGUUAUUAAGUUAACAAAUUGACAAACAGUUGCAUGUUGAUGGAAGAGGUUGUCGCUAAGAUAGAAACAAGAAAAGACGAGAUUUUCAAACGACAAAAUUACAUGUACACUAGUUGAAUGUAUCAGAUUCAGUGACGUCAUUUGAACAGCGUGACUAUUUCAUCAUAGAUUUUAAUCAGGAAACAAAGCCAGGAACCCCGCCGUUAUAAAAUAUACACUCGCGUUUCAAAUGCAAAAAUUCUGUCGCUAUUUAUAUUGGGCAUAGAAAUGUCUCUGUGCGUUACGUAAAACGUCGAGUGAAACUUUGUUUUAACAGUUCAAAUGUACUGUGACAGAUUACGUGGAUAAAUAGACUGACAACCAGUCGAAUUUCCCAUCAGAAAUCAUAGUAAAAUGUACAAGUUGCAUUUAAAAUAAAUUACAAAGAAAUUAUGAACGCUGUGAGUGAUGUAUUACAAACGUGGCUCGUCGUAAUUGACAUUUGUCACCUGAUUUUGGUUUAGAUGUCGUAAAGUACUGUUAAUUUGCUCAGUUAGUCUUAAAAGUAACCUAACAUUCUGUUAAUAUAUGUGCAGGCCUAAUUAUCUACAGAGAAACCGUUUACAGGAAUACAACCCAGUAAAUCCUGACACUUUAUAAAUGAUUUCUGUUGUUUGAAUGAAGAGUGACAUUAUUUUAGAAACUUAUUUCCUCUAGAUCGUAUCCUAAAUCGUUACUGCUGAUUAUAAAGUAAAAAUUAGACUCGCGAUAUUGAAAAUAUCAUGCAUACAGGAUGUUCAGGAAAUGUGCCGAGCUAGGGGACACAUCAAUUAUAUUAGUUUAUAAAGCUAAAUAAAUUUAUUAUUUUAAGGAAACUAAUGCAACACAACCAGACAUUUUUAUAUUUAGCAAACAUCUUAAGAGUCUGUUUCUCUACUCAUAUUCCAUGUCAGCGAAAUAAAAACUGACAAACCACGUGGUACAUAAUGGAAAAGUUUCCAUACUUAAGACACGUUCAAUAAAUAAUAUAUCUUCUAAUGCAAAAUCUAAAAAAUUGUGGCUAUUCUAAGUAAAUUUGUAUGCAGACAUAGAACAUUGUUUAUACAAAUCUUGAAAUAUAUUUUACAUCAAAGGUUUGAUGAGUUUGGAAAGGAAUAAAAGAAGACAUACGAUAAAUAUACACGUAUUUUGAAAUCUAAUAUAAAAUAACACAGAUUUUUAAGGUAAAAAACUAUAUAGCACUUCGACAAUGCGAUGGAAUGUUUGAUUAACAUUUGUAUUACAAAUGUGUUUAAAAAAGAGAGAAGUACUGACUAGAAGUCAAAUGAUAUAGUUGUAAAGUGCAAAUAGUGUGUGUUGUGAGCGAUUUUAUAAAGUGAAAUGGACCUCAUAAUGGAAGUCUACAGGGUGUCUUCUCGAGUGAGGAUCAUUGGGCGGGUCUCGGGGUAAUCUCGUCCCAAAAGAUAUCUCAUCGGCCUCGGCGCUACAUCAGGUGGAUGUCUCCACGCAGGCGGACAUAGUUCCAGACCUCGCGCCCUGCUACGAAUCUGAGGAUGAGACGAUGGGGCGACGAAACAAAGUGGCAAGUGAUCUGCACCUCCAGCGCAACAAGAGAGGAACCCCACUGUACUCCAAGGAGGACAUCCGAGAACAAUACUGCAUCACUAGCAAGCAGCUGGACGUGCUGGAACGGGAAAGGGGAUCCGGGCUCUUCGGCUGUCUCUCAAACUACCACGAGAGUACCUGCCGGUCGCGGAACUCCCUGCUGUCCGUCUGUGUGAGGCGAAAGGUUCCUAGCGACGAGAACCUGCACGAACUAUGUCGCCGUCCUGCCGCAGUCUACGCGCCGCUCCCUCGUUGGCCCCGUUACCCGCCUCCAGCACCGCCGCCCCCAGAACUCUGUCUCUAUGACGACGACCUGGAGUAUUCCUACUUCCGGCGCCGUCCCAGAGCACUGUGCAACGCCGUCGCAGACCCCAAGACGUACACGUGGAUGACUGAGGACGAGGAAUCCACCCGGAUGGAAAGGCCUCGCCCGAUUCUUGACGGAGAAUAUGAUGGGAUUCUCCAUUAUCCGCGCCGCCCUGGGUCGUGUCUGGCCCGCUAUCCUGCCCACAGUCACUACCUGAGCUACAGCACUGAGUUCCUGGCAGGUCCAUGUCCCGCGCAUCCUGACCUGCCGCCUCCGCCUCCACCGCCCCCAGCCCUGCCCCACCACCACGAGGCAGCGCCCCCACAUCGGACGAAACAUGUCAGCUUCGGCCGCUCGUAUACUCUAACCUCGUUUGACGACGCCGUGAGCAGUAAGCCCGUGGUACUCGCCCGCAGCCAGGAGAGACUCAUCGACGGGAAGAAGAGCCUGGGCGAACAGCAGCUGGGCGGUUCGGCGGUGGGCGAGUCGCCCAAAGUCGUCGUUAUGGAAAAAGUCAAACGAGCGCUCAUGAAGACGGAGGCGACACAGACGGAGGUGUGUUUGGGGCGCAAACCACUUGCACCGACCUACCUGUCACUGAGCCCCCGAACCAUCCAUAGGGUCCGCAUGGUGUCACAAGGGGCGCAGACCAACGGAAACAACACGGGGCGACGCCUGAUGAAGAGCUAUUCGGAAGCUGGAGAAAGGUUUGGCGUCUCGACGUCUGUCGGCGCCGGCUACCCCUACCACUACCCCAUGGACGGGUAUGAAGACGUAAGGAGAGGGUCAGAACACGAGCCGUUACACCGGACUCAAUCCGAAGAGCCCCCGAGAUCUCCGUUCCUCGUGACGACGCCACCUGAGAGUCUGAGCAACCUGUCUGAGCCCCAGGGUGCCAGAACCACGGGACCUCCCUCCACCACAGAGACGCUGCAUACCCCAGCGCAGCAGACGGAGUCUGCCAAGAAGAAAUCCUCUAAGACCUACAAAGAAAUCUUCAUCGACUUCGAACCGCAGAGGGCAGAGCGACGUGGAAAAAAACGAGUGUUACAAAAGACUUUGUCCGAAGGUGAGAUCCUGGUAGAACGUCGUCGUAGCAGCGCGUUUAACAGCACCGCGGACGCUGACCUGUUGGCGGAUGACGGCCCAGACGGACUUGAGGGCGAGGCGGAUGUACAAGAGGACAGCGACUACGGGUCGUGCUACCCUGGCCAUCUGGAAGAUCACGACGGCUAUUUGGAGCCCCUUGAAAAGAGGCCCGCCUCACUCUUCUCGUCAACACCAGACGACCUGGAGGCGGGGGGGACCAGUCCUCCGCUCACGGAGGACCAACAGGAGGACGAGUUUCACGAGAACCUCAUCUAUGGCGGCCUGUUUCGUAAGCGAAGUGUGUCCUUGGAAGACGCGGCGAUGUCGUCCACCGCCAGCGACCCGGACAUCGCCGUGUUCCAACAGCAGCAGCAGCAGGAACCCGAUGACGAGGUGUCCGAGGCGCGGUCGGCCCCUCCCGGGGUGCAUCAAGAUCGAGAGGAAAUUAGCGAGGAGGAGGAGGAGGAGGUCGACGUCCUGGAGCGGGAAGAGGAACAGACGGUCCCACAGGUGAAGAAGGAUGAGGUUGACGUGAGUCCUCCUCAGUCACAGGAGAAAACACGCAAGGACGCAGAGCUGCUGCCAUCUACGACGCCAUUGACACAGCCAUCUUCUCUGUUCGCCUCGAGCGACUCUCUGGCAAAUGACUUGCGCGAUCAUAGUGACGGAAUCUGGAACGAAUCGCAGGCCACGGUGCUGCAGGUAGCCGACGCCGACGUAAAUGCCUUGAGCGGGGCCGAACUCAGUUCCCUGUCGGCUGCAGGAUCCGUCGCUCUUAUGGCCCUCACGCCUUCAUCGAGACGCAAACAACUCCUACUUCUGCAGCACCAGCAACGCAGCUCAAUGGACACCGAGGCGCUGGACGAGGAACUGGAAGGGGAGUUCGAUGCUCAGGUCUCACAGGCCCCUCCUUCACCCAGGAUAUGCAUCGAAACCACGGCGUCCCUGAAACCAAGUCCAUCGGCAGCGCCAACACCUAACCAGGAAGUCCCGCAGAUACAGGAGACUGUAAUAGGCAUCAGAAGAUGGCCUCCUUCUCCUGACAGUCUGGAGCAGGGAGUUAGUCUGUCGCCACGAGACAAAGUUACGUCUCCUAGCCCCAGUCACCCGCGAAGAGAGUUGAGAUAUAGAAAGAGUCCAAUAUCAGGUGCUCGCACCCCGGACUCAGGGCACGAGUCCGCACAACAGCAGUCGUCGUCUCUCGAGUCAACAGAAAGCAUGACACGUGGUUUUGGACCGUCAGUACCAGAUCUGCUGGUGCUAGCUCGAACUGACUCGGGUGGCAAGACAGGAACUGACCUGUCAGAGACCUCCACGUGUACCACGGAAGAUUACGUCACUGCCAACGACACGAAUAAUUCGGGGACAGACACCAGCUCGCGGCGCAGUCUGGCCCAUGCCGCAGGUGUACCGGCUAUCGGUGGUACCGGAGGAAGUAUCGGAGCCGGAGACGGGAGUUCCUUUGAGAGCGCAUCUUCGAUCUACAGUCUCGCGAGAGAAAUUAACAACGACGACUUUAUACAGAUUUCAUGUUCACCGCCACCCAUCCAAGAAGAGAGCGAUUUACCCACUACACCGCAGGUGGAGAGCGAGGAUAACCAAACGAGUACAACCCCACGUGUCAGUGUCGAUAUGACAGGAGCCCAGCAGCAACUGAGGUCGUCGUCAGGGCAAAAAGAUGGCGCCACGUCACCAAGUGGCGAGAGCAGCAGUAGUUCUGGCAGUUACAGUGUCGAGGGGAGUGGCGACGAAGCGGAGGCCAAGGAAGUGACGUCGCCACCGCAUUCACCGAUGCAGAAGUCAGCGAAGGCGGAGUAUGGCUCAGACGAUGAGCAGAGUGCCCAGUGUUGUAGUUCCGGGUACUACGAAUCACCGCCUGAUAAAGAAGAAGGCUACGGAUCAGCUGGGAGCAGAGCGGCGAGUGGAGAGAGGCGCGAGUGGACUGAGGAAGAGAAGCGUCGCCGUAAGAAAGGCUUCAAGCUGGAUUUCUCUCCGAUGAUGGAGCAGGAAGGUGCAGAGUCCCCGUCUCCUGCAGGAAAGCUCAAGGAAGGUGAUGGUUGGAGUCGGCGAUCGUCAGGUAAGAGCGAGAGAUCUGGCAAGGAGGAAAGUAAGAGGCUGGGCGAGAAGAAAACUACACCCCCGGGAUCUGAGAACAAGGAAAGGGAGCGGUCUGCGCCUGGAAGAAGGACCAAGUCCAGAAGCCGAAGUCCCGUACAGCAUCACAGACGCGCGCCUGCAGUUCUUCCGGGAACCAUCCAGCCGAGCAACAAGAAAGUCCAUCGGGAUAAAACUGAGAAAGACGCGAUCACACCGGGGAUGGUAAGGAGCCCGGCCAUGCACGAGGGGUUCCGGACUGAAGACUGGGGGACGCUGCAGAGGACCACAACCCCAGCGCACACACCAGAGGACGGCACCCUGCUCGGUAAUGAAGUCGGAACACCUGCUGCAAACGGCGGAGGAGGAGGCACGUCAGACGACUCGAGCUGUGGCGUUCACGCGUCGGAGGCAGGCAACGGCACGCCCUCACAGCAGCAGCAGCAGUCACCUCGCAGACACAGGCGUGUGAGAGAAUCUCCUCGCAGGAAAGCUGCACCGGGGGGCGGUCGCAGCCCCACCGCCACGCAGCAGAGAUUGAGGCGUCGGAGCGGUAGCGGAGAGGAGAAGGGACUUAGCUCGACCGCCGCCCUGACACGACGACGCUCGUCCAUCCCGGCUAAGUCCCCACUCACACAGCAAGCGCCGGCGAGUGGACCGGACAGUGAGGAUACGUUACGCAGUAGCCACCUCAGUCCACAUCGGUACUCCAGGAGUCCAGGCGGUUCCCCCAGUCGUAGCAAACAUCGAUCGCGGGGUUCGCCCAAGCAGAUGGCUGCCUCCGGUGAGACUCCGGCUAUUAAGGCUCAGGGCGCAAUGAGUCCCGAGUCGAGUCGCCUCAAGGCUUUGAGCGCCGAGUCACUGCGCUCUGUUAGCCCAGGGAGCGACAGCGUGUUCUACAGCGAGGGGGCAGACCACAGCAGCAAUACGACAACUUUGUGCCACCACUGCGGACGCGAAGUGGACAAGAGCAGUACCCUCGCUGGCCUUGAGGACGGAGAACCCGGGAAGGGUGAGACGACAGAACACGAGCCACCUGACAUCGUUCAGCCCCCCGCAGGCUUUGCGGAUUCCCCAGAGGGAUCCCGCAACAAAGCAACGUCUAGCGGGCGGCUCUACAAGAAGUUAGAGAAGCGAUUCAGGUCUGAGGAACGCGGAGGACACGGCGAGAGACGCCAUCAUAGUCGCUACCGCUGCGACGGCACACGUGCGAAGUCUGAGGAACGAGGUCGUGAGGACCGAGUUAAGCUCAGGCCACUUGCGCGGUCGACAGACGCAAGCAUGGAGAUGCUGAGGGCCGCGGACUCGAGCCCCAACGUGACGGUGCACGACACCAGCACGUCGAACCUGGCCGCGGGCGAGGGCGACGAGGAGGACUCCGGCGUGUAUGCGGAAUCAUACAAGAACGGCACGUGGAUCUACAUCGGCGACUCCGAAGAGAUGCACGUGUGGCAGAAACCUGAGACCAAGGCAGAAGACAGAGCGGAGGAACGAAGCGGUGAGUGGGGGGAGGAGGAGUUGCCUCAAGCCGGGAGCACGAGGAGGGACUCCGCUGAAUCGACGGGCUCCGAGAAAGACUUCCGGCGCAAGUAUCAGGCCAUCACUCAUCGCAUGGUUCACCGGAAGUCGAGCGUGGAAAUGUACAAACGCCUGGCUUCAAAGUCGUUCGCAGAUACACAUGUCCGCGGGUCCCUCCGACAGUCUCUCGAGGAUUUACUGAAACUGAUGCUGAAUGUGUGGUGUAAGGAGGCGCUGGCUGUUAAGGUAGUCUCUGCCAAACCUAAUGAGUGCGACAAAACAGUGGUGGUGAGGCGAGACUCGGGAGAGUUUGGGUUCCGGAUACACGGUUCUCGCCCCGUCGUCGUGUCUGCCAUCGAACCCGACACUCCAGCCGAGACAUCCGGACUUGAGGUCGGGGACAUUAUCAUCAGCAUCAACAGCGUCAAUGUCCUAGAAGCAUCCCACUCCGAAGUUGUCAAGAUAGCACAUGCAGCAGGGUCAGACACUCUGGAGUUGGAGGUCGCUCGGACAUGCAAUGUGUUGACGCCCGUGGUGAGGGAGCCCGGUGCUGGCAGUCCCCUAUACUCGGGGUACCUGUGGAAACUGGGUGGACUGAACAAUGGGUCCAAGUGGGUGCAGCGAUGGUUCUGUCUCAAAAGAGACAACUGUCUCUAUUACUACAAGAACGAUGCGGAAAGCCAGCCACUUGGAGCUCUGAUGCUGUUGAACUACAGUGUGUCACGCACGCCCGACAGUGGACGGCUCUACAGUUUCCUCCUAGAUAAGACCGGUGCUUCAGGACUCCAUCUGGCUGCCGACGAUGAGGAAUCAGUUAUGCGGUGGGUUGCGGUAAUCAGCCACUCCAUAGAACGAAAUGCUCAGGUGGACCAGUGGUUGGACAUUAGCAAUAGGAACUUGAAGUUGGCAGCCAGCGCCGUGCAGCAGCCGGACUGUUUCGGCUACGUCAUGAAGUUAGGCCACAAGUGGAAGGCAUGGAAACGGCGCUACUGUGUGCUUAAGGAUGCGUGUCUUUAUUUCUACCAGGACGGCAGCUCGGACGCAGCCCUAGGUAUGGUAUGCCUGCAUGGCUACCGAGUGCAGAACUCUACUGUAGGAGGGAAGCGAUUCGCAUUUGAGAUCCUGCCUCCUGAACCUCGCCAAAGACACUACUACUUUCAUACAGACACAGAGAUGGACAAGAAAAGGUGGUUGGCAGCACUCGAGUACUCCAUCGACCGCUGGAUCAAAGUGGGCUGACGCAAGUGCCUCGGAUGUUGGAAGCAACAGACUAUCAAGGAAACCAACAAUUAUCACUCAAACAUUUUGGGCUAUGCCUUAGUUUCCACAUUCUCAUAGACUGAGCGCGACAGAUAACCUGUUUCAGUUGCUUCACAAGUAUUCAGGCCACACUGGACACGUGGUUAACUGAAAUAUUAAACCUAGCUCGCAAAAAAACCACGUGAAAAUACGAAACCGAUAAUGACAGUCGACGGCAAAGUGACGGCCAGGUAUUGAUAACAGAUAUUAUAAGUUUAGUCUAGUGGGAGUGUCAAAAGUAGACAGGAGUUCAGCAUGGGGGCAUUUAGAUUAACGCGCAAGUCGAACAACCGUUUUGUUUGAAAUUUUCCAUACAGAAAGACAGAAUGUUACUGGUAAUUGCAAGACGCACAAAGCGACAUGUCAGUUGGUCAAAGUGGGAUACCAUGUGAUAUGAUGGUUCAGGCAACUGAUCGCUGUUCGUGUUGUAUGUUUUAGUGAAGAAGAUUCUUUUCUGAUAAACAGGGAAAAUUAAGCAUCAGUUAAAGAAAUUAAAGGUUACUGCUACAUUUGUUACGUCAACUCCAGCAUGCUGGCGUUAGCAGAACGGGGUAGUUUUCCUGCAAAAAUUUGUAUUUGUUAAAUGAUAUGUUCUGCAUCUUUAGCAUUAACUUGAGAAAGGAUUUAAAUGAAAGCAUAUAUAAUUGUUAUAAUUGUUUAAAAAACAAUGAAACUAUUAAAUUAAUACAGAUACUGUAUAGAUUUUAAACAAAGAUUUUAAAACCAUACCAAAGAGCUUCCUUCAGAUGAAAGAAGUUAAUUAAAAUGGAAUGUCAUAAUUUGUGCAGUUAGUGUGUAAAUCUUUUGUUGCAUGGCCUGAGAUGUGCCAGGUUGUCCUCUGCAUACGACCUUUAAUAGACGAGCAUCGGACAUACCAAGUCAUUCAUGUUCAACCCCCACAAAAAUGACUCCCUAAUCCUUACUGCCAAAUUUUUAAGACAUGUAUUUUUUUAAGUGGUGCAUUUGAGGCUUUAGUUUAGUUACCCUAGAGCGUUCAGCCCAGUUGAGGCCUAGCUUGAGCAGAGACGUACCUGGUACUUGUCAGGACCUGUGAAUGCAGUUCUAGAGUGAAUGAAAACUGAUAACAUUUGAAUGUAACAAAAAAUAUAUUUAUAGUUUUUGUUUAGGAUGAACUUUAAUAAUUUCUAAAAAAAACAAAACAAGCUCAAAUAAUUUAAAAACACAAGACUUGAGAUAAUAAUGCGGGUUGAAAUAAAAUUUAAAAGAUAACUAAAUAAAAAAACUACCUUACCAAGGAA